UAUUCCCUCACGCAACAAAAAAUCAGCCGAAAACUCAAAACGAUGUCUCUGCCCUCUCGCCGUCUAACGCCCACAGCCACCAGACUCUCGUCCUCGCUUCCUUCCUCUGCUUCUCCUCACUUCCCCUCUAUCCAUUUUGCUUCUCCUUCUCUCCUUCGAUCCCCUCUCUCUCUUACAACUUCAUCUACCUCUUCCUUCUCCAGGUUAUUUGCGUCUUCACCACCUGCAACACCCAUUACUUCCACCAUGGGUGACGUUCCAGAUGCUGACAUGGAUGCUGUCCAGAGACGCCUCAUGUUCGACGAUGAAUGCAUUUUAGUAGAUGAGAAUGAUCGUGUUGUUGGUCAUGCUUCCAAAUAUAAUUGUCAUUUAUGGGAAAACAUUUUGAAGGGGAACUCAUUGCAUAGAGCUUUUAGUAUAUUUCUCUUCAACUCAAAAUAUGAGCUACUCCUUCAGCAACGCUCUGGUACAAAGGUGACAUUCCCACUUGUAUGGACAAACACUUGCUGUAGUCAUCCUCUGUAUCGUGAAUCUGAGCUUAUCGAUGAGGAUGCUCUUGGAGUGAGAAAUGCUGCACAAAGGAAGCUUUUAGAUGAGCUUGGUAUCCCUGCUGAAGAUGUUCCAGUUGAUCAGUUUAUCUCACUGGGACGCAUUCUAUAUAAGGCACCUUCUGACGGAAAGUGGGGAGAGCAUGAACUUGAUUAUCUGCUCUUCAUCAUCAGCGACGUUAACGUAAAUCCAAACCCUGAUGAAGUAGCUGAUGUAAAGUAUGUUAACCGAGAUGAGUUGAAGGAGCUCUUGAGAAAAGCAGAUGCUGGGGAGGAAGGUAUAAAGUUGUCACCUUGGUUUAGACUAGUUGUGGAUAACUUCUUGUUGAAAUGGUGGGAACAUGUGGAAAAGGGGACACUCAAGGAAGCAGUUGACAUGAAAACAAUUCACAAGUUGAUUUGAGAUAGAAAUUUCAUUGUUGCAUCACAUGUAGCUUUAUAAGAAUAAAUUUGGCAAUAUGAGUUCCAAACAAAGCAUUUCUUUUCUGUUGUAGCCUUCAGUAUUACUAGCCAGGUCUGGUUAUGUAGAAAUUAUUAGAUGUUACCUGAAAGCAGCUUGGGCAGUUUGUGAUCUUGUAAGGUAGAUUUGGCUUCUCCUUUAUUUGAAUACUGAAUAAGUUAGAUUUUUACUUUUAUUAUUUAUGAAAUUUAUAAAAUUUAAAAA